AUGUCCAUUGUGGGAGGAGUCAUCCUACUGUCCUCUUCGCCACCCAGACUCCUCGCACGCUCUCCAACGCCGGCAGACAAUACGGCUUCUAGUCCCGCGCUUCCGUCGCCUGAGACCAUCUUCGCAUCGCAAAGGUCGAAAGGAUCACAGAAUGGGUUUGCUGCACCAUGGACUGGACCUACAGGGUUGGACAGGAAUCGGAAAUUCAAGACCACAAGUACAUUUCGAGAAAGGGUUGGGAGCGGGUUAAGUAGCUCGAAGAAGCUGCCAUUGAAGGAGAAGGCCAAUAAAGGGAAUUUGCCUAUGGUGAGGAGAGCGCAAGGUCUGAAGAAAGGCCUGGGCUCUGAGAAGCACUAUUUCCAGAGACCAGUCUCUCCGGAAGAAAACCGGUUAGGGGAGAAGGAUAAGAUCAAAGAUGUCGGAACCACGAGAUCACAGGCCUGUGAUUCAUCACAUCACGAACUCAAAGCCCAACCGAAAGCCGCUGAGGCAUACCGACCUCGAGAGCCCAGCCCUUUAGGCCUCGACAAAGCCUCUUCCAGACGGCUUGACUGGACUCCUCCUGCAUGCCAUAGCAAUCAGAACUCUCCCGGAACAGCACCGGCAUCGUUUUCCGAAAACUUACUUGGCAGCUUCGGAUAUAAUGCAGCUGCAAUUGGCCCGAAAGAUAGUCUGGUUCCCAAGGAUGAUAGUGAAAGCAAUCCAACAAAGCGAAGGAAGCUCGAUGUAGUAGAUGUUGGUGCUCUGGGGACCGCGGCUGCUAUGAAGGCUUCUAAGCUGUUCCCAAAGCCCAGCAGGGGCAGCGACGAGCCAGCCAGGAAGAGAACGAGAUCUCCAAAGAAGAAGUCCACUACAAUCACCGGCCUUGCUACGUCUCACUACUUUGGGGAAGAGACAAGUGAAAAAUCGCCAAUGAUGCAGUAUUUGUCGGCCACUCAGCAGCGAGCUCUAGGUUUGGAUUCAGAUACAGCCCCUGACACAGCAAAGCGAAAAGGUUCAGCCAAAAAUCCCAAGGCUUUGAAGAAAGCGCCUCGCAAGUCUACACUUCGCUCACCGCAAUCCGCCAUAAAAGCCUUUGAUGACCAAGAUAUGCUCUUCGGAUCAGCAAGUCAGUUGGCCGGCGACGAGUCACCCAUGUUCAUCCGGGACACCGUCCAAGCGAUGAAGCAGUCCGAAAACACCAUACUCAUAUCAGAUCCCGUGUCUACCCAGAUCACAAUACCCACGAGCGAGCCAGCCGAGACACCAAGGCGGCAUCACAAAUGUGGUGUUUCUCGAUUUGUAAAGAGCAAAAACCUAUGGUCAGUGGCUGGAAGGGAUGUUGAUAAUGCGUUGCUUCAGGUUGAUACUGUGGACAUGUUUGAUUCGCCAGAUCUUAGAACGGCGUUUGCUGGUAAGGAUGUUUUGCUAGAGCCUGGUGCACCAAGAUUUAGAGACAGUACGAGCCCAGAGAAGCAGGUUGGUAUAGGGCAAGAUCCGAUGAGGACGUGUAUCAUGACUGAUGACUGCUUGUCGAUGGGAUGGGACGAAGGGAAUCUGUCAUCGUUACACGAUUCUAGAGGCAUACUCGAUAUUGACGAGCUGAAGCUGAAAACACCUUGUGCAAUGAGGAGGCCCCAGAUUCCAGUACAAGUCCGAGCCCUGCACGCUGCUGCAGUUGGAAGAACAUGCACAGGUCAAGCUCGUGGGCCCACGAACAAGUUGUCAGAAGCACCUGCCGAGCGUAUUCCCAACCCGCAGCCCAUCAGACCAUCAUUCACAGGUCUCACUACGAACCAAUUAGCCACCCAAUUAGCAGCGUACGGAUUCAAACCGAUCAAGAAGCGCGAGAAGAUGAUAGAAGUAUUAAACAGAUGUUGGGAUGACAAGCACCCCUCGGUCUCUGGUGCAGACAGUGUUGCCACCAUCACCGGUGAGACUAUUGAGACCAGUCACGGCGACUUUUUGACAAAGCUACAUGAUGUCUCCGCGAGACCAACCCCGAAGACUAAGAAGCCGAGAGGCCGGCUUAAAUCUGAGGGAGCAGGAGCAUCUUCCCCAGAAAAUCGAUCGUCAAAAACUUCUCGGACCAAGAAGUCAGCAGGCGAAAUGAUAAAUGUCGACGGGAAUUUGCCGCAAGAGAAGACGAAAAAGCCCUCAAAGUCCGCUCAGUCGAGGGUCAAGAAGGCAAAAGAAGUCACGGUGACAUCUUUAGUGAAGCCACAAGCCAAAUCUCCGUUGAAGUCCCGGUAUAAGGUCAAUAAGGCCACCAUAUCAGAUGAACCUGUCAUGGACGUCGAUGAUAUUGAAAGCUCCGACAACAGCAUCCUUGACGACGUUGCACAAGUACAGAGUUGUAGAACGGGUGUCAAGCGUGCAAAUACUGUCCGUCGGCAUUGUUCGCCAACAAACCCUCCUUCAUCUUAUGCUUUUGAGACUGCAUCGUGGUUGGAACAAGAACCCGAGGCCUCUGAGCCGGAAACAACCAUCCUAGAAGCCGCAAUGCCAAUUAAUGGGGAUACACCGAAAAGAGCAAAAACAAAAGUGAAGCCUACCGCUUUUCGGUCAUCCACUGCCACGAUGACGACUCCAGCUGCCCCUCUACCCGUUAUAACAGCAAAUCCUUCACCUUCCUCACCUUCUCAACCUGCCCUAUCCAAACAAAUCACUCUCGCAAUAACCACCUUUCAACCUCCACCCUCCACCCUUCAGCAUAACUCCCAGCAGAACCCCACCUUUCACCAGAAGAUUCUCAUGUACGACCCUAUUAUCCUCGAAGACCUGGCCGCGUGGCUCAACACCGAAGGUUUCAAGUGUAUCGGUGAGGAUCGGGAGGUGGGACCGAUUGAGGUCAGGGAAUGGUGUGAGGAUAGAGGCAUCUGUUGCCUGUGGAGAGGUGGGUGGAGGGGAAAGAGUGUAAAGGGGGCGAGAAGGCAAGGCAGGGGCAAAGAGAUCGAGGAGCACGGCUUGGAGUAG